UAGCAACUUUGAAAGGGGGCCAUGAGGGCGGGGCUUGCAUCUUAUUACGCACGCGCACUCUCUUCUCACUGAUUGGAGGGAGCCGUACACUUUCUCCUUGGCGCCAGGAAUUCCCUUAGCAACGGUCACCGUUGAGACGAGGGAGACGCCGCCAGCGGAUUGGCUGCUCCGGGCAUCUCUGCAACGCAGAUUGGCUGGAGCGUAGAUAGAGGGCCAGGCCUUGGCAGUGGCUGCCUGAGAACCGGCUGUCCCAGAACCGAGUCAAGACAGAUCCUGUGGUGACCCCCAGCACAAAAGAGCGACAAGAUGAUCCGCCGGAAGUCCAGCCAAUUCCAGGGACUAAAAAUGCAGUCGGAGCUUGUACAGCACUACGAACUGCGGCGAGAACCCGAAAGAGACCUCAGCUCAUUGGAUGAAUCGGCCACGCGUAUGGGAACAGGUGUGCGGACCGAAUCCAGGACCGUGGCUUCGGUGGAUGUCGAUAACGAUCCUGCAGCCAACUUGUUCCCGCCGCCGCUGCCCCAGCCCCGGAUCUGUAUAUGGAAGUACCUGGACAUCCAUUCCAUGCACAGGCUGGAGAAGACAGCCAGCACUGAGGAGAUGAGGGAGGUGCUGGCUGAGCUGUUGGGACUAGGUUCUCCUGAGAAGAGCCUGCGGGAUGCCAUCACUCUGGACCUCUUUUCCCAUGCACUCAUCUUCUGCCGCCAGCAGGGCUUCUCCCUGGAGCAGACCUCAACAGCUUGUGCCCUGCUCCAAGAUCUUCACAAGGCCUGUAUUGAAACCCCCCUGGGCAACGUGGAGGAAUGUUACCGCUACUUCACCAGUGUUCUUUUUUGCCAUGGAGUCCGGCGCCCCCCUUUCAGUAUUGACCUCUUUAAGGAGGAACAGCUGCUGGCCCUGGCGGAUUAUGUGGUGAACACCUACUUCCGCCACUUCAAGCUGUACAAAUAUGUCUUCACACCCCAGGUGCGGCUGGAUCUCUCUUUGACUUACACGGGGCUAAAGGCACCCAAUCUCUGGUCAGAGGAUGAGACAGAGAAAGAAAAGGGAGGAGAGGUGGAACAGCAGGGAGUCAUCAAACAGGAGGUGGAACCGGAAACAGUGAUCCAGCCAGAGCCAGAGCCAAGCCAGGUCUCCAUCCUCCGAGCCUACAUCAAGACCCAGAUGAAUAAGGAGCUGCGGCAGCUCCAACAACUAGUGGAGGAGCGGCUCAAAGCUAGUGAGGAAAGGCUCAGCAGCAAGCUGACCACCCUCGAGCGGCCCCUCCAGCUACCUCCAGGCAAAGGCAAGAACAAGAUCAAGUGAC